ACUGAUUACUGAUUCUACUGCUCAUUGCUAAAAUGUUUAACACUAUAACAGACGAUAGUAUACUUCAAAUGCUAUAAAAUAUAAAAAACGAUUAAUUAUUUAACUAUAAAUCUCAGUUUGUUUUCAAUUUCUUCGUUUAUCGUAUUAAUUAGAUUUAUCUUACAAAAGAAAACAUUUUGCAGUUCUGUUUUAAACAUGGAUAAAGAUUUAACUAAUUUUAAGAAAUGGUUCCAACAUCUGGGGCUGGAAGUCGAUGGAAAAUUAGACGACGAGGUGCUAAAAAAGCUGAUGCCUCCUCAACGACGAGACAUGUGGAGACAUAUUAUUAAACAUGUACGUUCAAAAGAAGAGGUGGAUUUAGUUAAGAAAUCCUUAUUGUUACAUAAACUUCAAAAACGACAAAAACCAUUAAUGUCAAAAGUGGAAUCUUGUGAUGAUCUUGCUAAUGCAUUAAAAUAUGAAGAACUUAUUACAAAAUAUAAUAAGCUACAAACAGAUAUUAUUGAUACCAAAAUAAAUAACGGCAAAUUAAAAAUGGAUUUAAACAAAAAAAUUGAACACAAAAAAAAUAUUAUUAAAAAUAUUGAAAUCAAGCAAAAUACAUCAUAUGUAGCAAAUCAUAAAAUUGAAUAUUAUAAUGAAUUUAUCAAAAUGUAUAACGAAUUAUCAAAUUUUUGCAACCAUUUUUCAAAAGAAGCAAAUAAUGAUUUGACCAAGGCUGAUUAUGAGGAUUCUUUGAUUGUAUGUUGUACCGAAGUAGAUGAUGCUAAACAAUCAGGUGUCAUGAAUGAUAGUGUAAAUAUUGGAAAAAAGUUAUGUAAUGCUAUAUACACAACUAUAUGUGAUAAGUCUCCUGCUGUUUUACUCCAAACUGUUGAAGAAAAUCUAAUGAUUAAUAUAAAUAAAAGUAAAGAUACAGUUAUUGAGGCGAAAGAAACUGUAGUACAUAACAGUGACAAUGAAAUUGUAAGCGAUGAAGUACUCAAGAAACUUUUUCAAAAGCAAAUAGAGCUAGAAUCAAAUUUAUCCAACUUACUAACUGAAAAGGAACAUGUUUUAAAAAAUUUAAAAGAAACAACAAAUCUAGUUAAAAAUGAAAUUAUUAGUCAAUACAAACUGAAAAAUUUAUCAUGUACUGAAGAUGAAUUGCAAAUGUUUAGGAAAAAUUUAGUAGAAACUUUCCAUUUAUGGUUUAAAAACACUUUAGAAUGUUCUAAAGUAACUGUAUUCCAAGAAAACGUCACUUUUGAAGAUGAGUCAUUAAGAAUCUUAGAUCAGAUUGUAGAGCAAACAAACACCUUAAAUGCAGAAAUAGAUCAAAAAAAGAUAAUUAUAGGUGAAAUGUUAAAAGAAUUAAAUGAUAAAAAAAGUGAUUUUGGAUUAAUGGAAACAAAAACAGUUAUGGGCAAUUUAGCUGAAAAUUAUUCAAAUACAAUAAAUAAAAAAAAUUUGAUUAACAAAACAGUAACAUCUUUAAAAGUGUCUGCAGUUAGUGAUGCAAACAAUACAAUUAAAUUAACAAUUGGAUCAAAUCCAAAGAUAAAUUUUAUACAUUUACGGACCUUGAAAGAUAUGAAACAACAUACUGAAAUAAUUGAUAUUAUUUGUGAAAAAGCAAAAAAAUUUGAACAAUUCAACAUAGUAAUUUCUACUGAAAAUAGUUUUAAUGAAAUUAUACAAAAAGAAAAUAUUCAUAAAUCUGAAUUUAAAAGUAUUAUUUCACAAAUAGAAAAUAAUAUUUCGGAGUUAAAGCUGUGCAUAGAAGAUAGUAAACUCGUUGCUAACAUAUUAUUAAAUAAGGAGUUGCUAAAUAGUUUGGCUAUCAAUUAGUUUAUCAAGAAGUUGACAAGUUAACAAUUCAAGUUAAAGGAAAAAUUUUCAAAUUUGUAAAAUUACAACUCUUAUAUGUAAAUUGAUAUGUUAAUAGUUAUUUUUUUAUUUUAUAGUAAACUAAGUUUUAUUAUUUUAUUUUUAUAUUUAAAAUUAUAUUUAUUAUUUUAAUA